AUGGCUAAUGUUCUUUGCAGACAUAGUACUGUAAGAUUAAAUGAAGAAAAAGUAACCUAUGAACUCAAUCCGUACAACAUAUUAAAUCAAAUGGAACGAUUAAGAUCGAUGUCCCCAAAUGCAAAUAUCACAAUUGAAGUCAUUGGUCGAACGAUUGAAUACAAAGAUAUAGUACUCCUUAAAAUAACAAAAGCAAAGAGCGAUGUAGGGAAAUACUAUCGAGCUACUGACAGCAAAUAUGUGGAUGAAAUCCCGGAAAAAAAAAUUAUAUUCAUAGUCCACGGACUCGCCGUAAUGGGAAUUCAUGAUAUUUAUUGUUUGAGCAAUGAGAAUAAAUUUAGGCAACUUGUAUCCUACUAUUUAUCACAUUUGGACAAAUUCGAUAUCUUCCUAAUACCGAUGGCUAAUCCGGAUGGAUAUUCUUUACACUCGUCAGAACCAAAUUGGAAUAAAAACUCUUCUCCAUUGUCUCCUUGCUUGGGAGUAGCUCUUGACCGAAACUUCGACGUGGCCUGGAAUACCUCCCAUGGGAUCAGUACGUGUAGUCCGCAUUACCCUGGGUCUGAGCCGUUUUCAGAAGCUGAGACUCGAGCAAUACGGGAUGUAUUUCAUCGGUACAGUCAUAAGAUCAUUGCAUACAUUAAUGUACAUGGAGGUUCAUUUAACCAUGAGAUUUUUAAGGGUGAUGCAGUACUAUACCCAAAAGGAUAUACAGACGUUCAGUCAGAUGACGAUAAAUAUAUAGAUCUGAGAGGUGAAAUUGAUGAAGCUAUAAGAAAUGCAAGCUUCAAGAUCAUGUCAGUAACUGUGGACUCAUUGAAUAACUGGUAUGGAAAGAUACAAGGUUCCAGCGUUGAUUAUGCAUCAACGGUGUAUGGUAUCCCUUAUGCUCUAGAAUUUGUAAUGCAACCAUACAGUUAUGAAACGUCUAAUGCAGCUUUAGUUGAAAUUUGGAAACGUCUGAUCGAUGUUGUUUUCAUUAAUAUAUGGAAAAGUAUACACAAUAAUGAUGUUUAA